UAGCGGUUUCCAGCAGGGCCGAGAAAUACUGACCAUUCUUGUGAUGGGCUGAUCAAACGGCUGGUGCCACUACCCCGCAAAUGAUCCCUAAAAAAGAAACUACCUCGCAAAAUAAUAAAAAGAGAAAAAAACGAAAAUGUCUCGACACCUUGUGGACCGGUCCCCGAGAAAAACGCCACCAAUCCAGUGCCCGAACACGUGCAUCCGUCAAUACACCGAGCCCACCGAGGCACCCCUACGCCACCUGGCAGACCGGCCCCCUCGCCCGCCGUCCGCUCCCCUCCGAUUCUCCGCCGCGCCCGAAUCAAUCCCUCGGUGAAGCGUGGAGCGGCUCCAAAAGUCCAAAGCCCGGAGGCCGGAGGAGAGGCACCAGAGCUCACCCCGAUUCAUCUCGCCGUCUCAAUCCGUGGCCGCAGAUUAGGGGUCCACUGUUAUUUGCAUGCCCUUAUCUGGGAUGGCCAUUGCUUUCAAAGCAAGCACGAGUGCUUGUACUGCACAACAGCUGUGGGGGCAUCCAACCAGGGAUCAGUGUCAGCAUGGUUUCACUCACUUAAAUGAACGAAAGAGCAGAAAAGGCUCUGCUGCACUGCAUGCCAGAGCUAUUCCUGGGAACUUAGACCUGGAUUUCGGUGAUCCUUCUUGGAAGCAAAAGUAUCAGGAAGACUGGGAUAGGCGUUUUAGUUUGCCACAUAUUACAGAUGUAUUUGAUUUAGAGCCAAGGCUCACUACAUUUUCUCUGAAGAAAAACAGUCCCCUGGGCGCUAGCGAUGCUUCAUCACCUGACAAGUGGAAUGGCUAUGUAAAUAAGGAUGAUAGAGCACUUCUGAAGGUGAUUAACUAUGCCUCUAAUACUUCUGCUGGAGCUGUGUGCAUUGAUCCUGAUUGUAGCUGGGUGGAACAUUGGGUGCAUCGUGCAGGGCCUCGUAAGGAAAUAUACUAUGAGCCAGAGGAAGUAAAAGCAGCCAUUGUUACCUGUGGAGGGCUCUGCCCUGGUUUAAAUGAUGUCAUUAGACAGAUAGUAUUUACCCUGGAGAUCUAUGGGGUGAAGAAUAUUGUCGGAAUUCAGUUUGGUUAUCGUGGAUUUUUUGAAAAAGGCUUAAAAGAAAUGCCGCUUUCACGUGAUGUGGUGGAGAACAUAAAUCUUGCUGGUGGAAGCUUCCUCGGUGUCUCCCGUGGAGGAGCUAAAACUAGUGAAAUUGUAGAUAGCAUACAGGCCAGAAGAAUCGAUAUGCUAUUUGUAAUCGGAGGAAAUGGUAGCCAUGCUGGAGCUAAUGCUAUUCACGAGGAGUGCCGUAAGAGAAAACUGAAAGUUUCAGUUGUAGCUGUUCCAAAGACAAUUGACAAUGAUAUACUUUUCAUGGAUAAGACUUUUGGUUUUGACACAGCUGUUGAAGAAGCUCAACGUGCAAUCAAUUCUGCCUAUAUAGAGGCACGUAGUGCAUAUCAUGGAGUUGGGUUGGUCAAAUUAAUGGGAAGAAGCACUGGGUUCAUAGCCAUGCAUGCUUCUCUUUCUAGCGGACAGAUUGAUGUCUGCCUAAUACCUGAGGUAUCUUUUACACUUGAUGGAGAACAUGGUGUCUUGUCACAUCUUGAGCAUUUACUGGAAACCAAGGGAUUUUGUGUGGUUUGUGUGGCUGAAGGUGCAGGACAGGAUUUACUGCAAAAAUCAAAUGCAACAGAUGCAUCAGGAAAUGUGAUACUUAGUGAUUUUGGUGUCCACAUGCAGCAAAAGAUCAAGAAACAUUUCAAGGACAUUGGUGUUCUAGCUGAUGUGAAGUACAUCGACCCAACAUAUAUGGUCCGGGCCUGUCGUGCAAAUGCAUCUGAUGCUAUCUUGUGCACUGUGCUUGGACAAAAUGCUGUCCAUGGAGCAUUUGCCGGGUUCAGCGGCAUCACAUCAGGUAUUUGCAACACACAUUAUGCCUUCCUCCCGAUCACAGAAGUCAUCACAACACCGAAGCAUGUGAACCCAAAUAGCAGGAUGUGGCACCGAUGUCUCACGUCCACUGGCCAACCGGACUUCCACUGACUCGCGUUUAGCGUUUACUUCUCUGCACAGGCUAAACUCGUAAUGAAUUAACAUAUUUUUGCUUACCCACAGACUAGUCACAGGUCAAAGAUUAGUCACGGUGCAAGCGUUAACAAUAAUGUAAUACUGAGAAUGAACUCAAUCAGCUUGUUUCAGAUCAGCCCCAUUUUUGUCCAUGAACAACAGAGCUGUACAAAGCUCAAGUUGUCCCGAAUAAUCUGUAAUGCACUGUCCAACCUUUGACCAUCCAUAAUUCUAAAACGAAGCUAUUUGCUUCAGAAAUGAGGUGUAGCGAAA